AUGAACAGUUUAGUAGUGUUUAAUAAUUGUAUUGUUUUAUUUCAUAUAUUCAUUUGGGUCAACCCAACUACAGCAGUUAGUGGAAUUGGUGAUUCAUCAUGUAGGUAUUCAGGUAAUUUUGAUAGUGGUAAUGAAAAAUGUCACGAAGAUAUAGUGAAGAUAGAAAAACUUCCAAAAGAAUGCACAUCUUUUGUUUUUGAUGGAGUUAUAUGUAAUAAUGAUUAUGAAAUCGUGUAUAGAUGGAUACCAGAAGAUAUAGAACACUUACAAUUACUCGUAGAUUUUGAGAAUGGUGCACACAAUGUGUACUUAUUUUAUAAACAUCGAACCACAAGUGAUUGGUCAAAUGCACUUUAUUUUGGAGAUUUUUCAACCGAAGCACAAAGCGUGCACGAUUUUAUUGGUCUACAUGCUGUGAAGGGGUUGAUUUUGGAUGGAAUGGAAGAUCCUGUUUUAACUGAAGAUGGUGGCGGCGACUUCCACAAGAACCUUACAGCCUAUGUAAAGGUUAUUAAAGAUAAAAAUCCAAAUUUGGAAAUUGGGUUUUAUUUGAGUGCUAGACUUUUCAUAAUAAAUUUAAAUAUGGGAAGCAAUUCAACUUGGUUUGAUUUUUGUUUGAUGAAUGAUGUUUUUGAUUUCUAUGUCAUUGAAUUUGCUACUUUUAAUGAAUGUUCUGAUGAAUUCUUACAUGGUGGAGUUACUCCUCUUGAUUCAAAAAAUCCAGAUGCUAUGACAUUAAAUAAAUUUGCAGCUGUUUUAAAACAAUCUACCAUUGACAAAGAAAAACUUUAUUUUGAAUUUUUAAUAAGCCCUGAACCGAAACCUGAAGAAAUAGACAAUUUUAAGCAUUGUGAAUUAUCGUAUAACGAGUAUUGUGAAAACCGCGAUGAAUACAGUGGAAAAUGGUGUGUCGAUAACCAGGACAUAUUGUUUAAAAAAGGUAAAUUUGCCAAAUUAUAUUCAAGAGGAUUCAUAGGGAGGGAUAUAGAUUUAGUCGAUCGUGAUGGUAAAUGUCAUUGUGAUAAUAAUAAGUACAUAACUUUUUUUAUGGUAUUAAAUGGAUAUAAUGGAGCAUUUGAUCCAAUAACUUGCAAAUCAUUCUAG